AUGAUCUUAACGGAUCACAGAGACCACCCAGAGACCACCCAGAGACCGGUCACAGACCCCCCCAGAGAAAAGCCAGAGACCACCCAGAGACCAGCAAGAGACCACCCAGAAACCACUCAGAGACCACCCAGAGACCACUCAGAGACCAGCCAGAGCACACCCAGAGACCAGCCAGAGACCACCCAGAGACCACUCAGAGACCACCCAGAGACCACUCAGAGACCAGCCAGAGACCAGCCAGAGACCAGCCAGAGAACAGCCAGGGACCACCCAGAGACCAGCCAGAGACCAGCCAGAGACCACCCGGAGACCAGCCAGAGACCACUCAGAGACCAGCCAGAGACCAGCCAGGGACCACCCAGAGACCAGCCAGAGACCAGCCAGGGACCACCCAGAGACCAGCCAGAGACCACUCAGAGACCACCCAGAGACCAGCCAGAGACCAGCCAGAGACCACUCAGAGACCAGCCAGAGACCAGCCAGGGACCACCCAGAGACCAGACAGAGACCAGCCAGGUACCACCCAGGGACCAGCCAGAGACCACUCAGAGACCACCCAGAGGCCAGCCAGAGACCAGCCAGGGACCACCCAGAGACCAGCCAGAGACCACUCAGAGACCAGCCAGAGACCAGCCAGGGACCACCCAGAGACCAGCCAGAGACCACCCAGAGACCAGCCAGAGACCUGCCAGGGACCACCCUGAGACCAGGCAGAGACCAGCCAGAGACCACUCUGAGACCAGCCAGAGACCAGCCAGAGACCACCAACCAAAAUAA